AUGGUGCUUUGGAUCAAACUCAAGAGACUGCAACAAUCCUUAAGGAGACUUGGUAAACCUCUUGCAUCUAUGAAGCAGGAUUUGCUAAAAACCAGAACUGAUUUGACUAAAUCCCAGAAUGAGUUAGUAGCCAACAAAAUGAAUGUGCAGAACAUUGAGAAAGUGAAAAGGUUAACAGAGGAAGUCAUAAAGCUUAAUAAUACUGAAGAGAAGAUGUUAAUGGAGAGGGCAAAAGUGGAUUGGCUGAGGUUGAGGGAUGGCAAUAAUGCCUUCUUUUAUGCUACACUAAAAUCCAAAUGUUGUUCCAGAAGUAUGAAUCUGAUACAAAACAGUGAUGGCACAGUAUUGGAUUCCCAACAGGAUAUUGAGAGAGAAGUUUUGAAUCAUUAUGUUUGUUUGAUGGGUACUGAUGAUAAUAAUUUCUACCAUAUUGACAUUGAGGCCAUGAGGAAUGGAAGGCAUUUGAAUAUGGAGCAGAGGGAGUCCUUGAUUAGCAAUAUUACUUUACAGGAAAUUGAGCAAGCACUCAAAGGCAUUGGUGAUACAAAGGCCCCUGACAUUGAUGGUUAUGGCUCCAGAUUUUUUAAGGCUAGUUGGCAUAUCAUCAAAGAGGAUGUAGAGGAAGUAGUUAAGGAUUUCUAUGAAACUGGGAGGUUGCCUAAAGAGUUUAAUAGUACUAUGGUCAUUCUCAUCCCUAAGAGUGAUAAUGCUAAAGGUGUAAAGGAUUACAAGCUGUUGCACCCCAAUUUUUGA